UUCUCAUUUGACGUUUUGUCGUCUAAUUGGCCCAACGCGCACUUUAGCCACCACUGCUCACCCUUGCAUCUCUUCUUCCUCUUCCUCUUGAAGCUUCUCCUCCUUCUUUAUUGAGAGACACCAAAGGCAUCUUCUCUACUUUCUCAUCGUAAUCUAAUCCAGUGUUGAAAAUCACUUAGCUCUUGCCGCAUGUGGGGAUCGCAAUCGUCUUCGAUGUACAAGAGAACGUCAUCGAGAGAUUAUUCUCCAGCGGUCGACGUCGAAGAUAACAACAACUCACGUCUUUUACUGGUUGAUGAUGACGUCGACGUGAGCAAGGAAACGGAAACCACAAAUCCGCCAUGGAUCUGCUCUCUCCCACACGUCCUCGUCGCUACGCUCUCGUCUUUCCUCUUCGGCUACCACUUAGGAGUUGUUAAUGAACCGCUUGAAAGCAUUUCUUCAGAUCUUGGCUUUACUGGAAACACAUUAGCUGAAGGCUUGGUGGUUAGUGUGUGUCUUGGUGGCGCAUUUAUCGGUUCUUUAUUCAGCGGUGGAGCUGCUGAUGGACUCGGACGACGGCGAGCCUUUCAGCUUUCUGCUUUGCCUAUGAUUUUAGGUGCUUUCGUUAGUGGAGUUAGUAACAGCUUAGGUGUCAUGCUUUUGGGAAGAUUCUUGGUUGGGACUGGCAUGGGUCUUGGCCCUCCUGUGGCUGCACUAUAUGUCACAGAGGUAUCGCCAGCUUUUGUAAGGGGGACUUAUGGAAGCUUCAUACAGAUAGCUACAUGUCUGGGAUUGAUGGCGGCCCUGUUUAUAGGGAUUCCAGUCCAUAGCAUUACUGGUUGGUGGCGUGUCUGUUUCUGGUUAUCAACCAUUCCUGCUGCAGCACUCGCUCUAGGGAUGUUCUUCUGUGCCGAGUCUCCCCAGUGGCUAUUUAAGCAAGGGAAGAUAGCUGAAGCGGAAGCUGAGUUUGAGAGGCUGCUUGGAGGAUCUCAUGUGAAAACAGCUAUGGCAGAAUUACACAAACUAGAGUUAGACAAAACGGAUGAGCCAGAUGUUGUGACUCUCACCGAGCUCUUAUAUGGUCGGCAUUCAAGAGUUGUUUUUAUUGGAUCAACCCUGUUUGCUUUGCAACAGCUAUCUGGUAUAAAUGCUGUUUUUUAUUUCUCUUCUACCGUUUUCAAAAGUGCCGGAGUUCCAUCAGACAUGGCCAACAUAUUUGUCGGAAUUUCAAACCUCUUGGGGUCUCUAAUCGCAAUGGUGUUGAUGGAUAAACUAGGAAGAAAGCUUCUUCUCCUUUGGAGUUUCAUUGGCAUGGCAGUAGCAAUGGCACUUCAAGUUGGUGCGACAAGUUCAUACUUGCCACAUUUUCCGGCUUUGUGUUUAUCAGUCGGUGGAACUCUUGUGUUUGUGCUAACAUUCGCCCUAGGAGCUGGUCCAGUACCAGGUUUACUCCUGCCUGAAAUCUUCCCAAGUCGAAUCAGAGCAAAAGCUUUGGCUCUCUGCUUGUCUGUGCAUUGGGUCAUAAAUUUCUUCGUGGGGUUACUAUUCCUGAAAUUGCUUGAGCAGCUUGGUCCUCGGCUACUAUACUCGAUGUUCUCAACGUUCUGUUUAAUGGCAGUGAUGUUCGUGAAGAGGAACGUGAUCGAGACUAAAGGGAAAACACUUCAAGAGAUUGAGAUUUCUCUACUAGCCAAACCAUGAAUGUGUGUUUCCAUUUUCCUACCUAUUCCUUCACACUGUACUGUCCACUGUUUGAGUUUGUAGAUCAAAAUAUGCUCUAAAUAAGAUACGAUUGUAUUUCUCGGUAGCGUUUUGUUAAAAUACCCUUAUCUUUAUGAACUAUUUGAAUGUAAAUUUUAGAUGAGCAUAGCAAUGAAACUUCACAA